AUGUACCUCUCCACGGUCCUCUUCCCACUACUGGCUCUGAACCUUGGUCUCUCACACGCGAGAUUCGUCCGUGAAACUCUCGAGCUGACAUGGGAAUACGGAUCACCCAACGGCGGUACGCCGCGCGAGAUGGUCUUCACGAAUGGGGAGUAUCCAGGUCCGGAUCUGAUAUUUGAUGAAGAUGAUGAUGUCGAGGUUCUUGUCAUCAAUAACCUUCCCUUCAAUACAACCGUUCACUGGCAUGGUUUAGAAAUGCGAGAAACACCUGAAGCGGACGGUGUCCCGGGCCUUACGCAAACACCAAUAGAGCCCGGUGCGACGUUCACGUAUCGGUUCAGAGCGUAUCCAGCUGGUACGUUCUGGUAUCACUCGCAUUACAAGGGGCUCAUGCAAGAUGGGCAGGUAGGAGCAAUGUAUAUUCGCCGCAAGCCUGAUGCUUUGCGACCCUACGCGGUUAUAACGGAAGACCCGAGAGAGUUAGCAGAAAUACAGUACGCAGAAGAUAAUCCUUAUUUGAUGCUUGCUACGGACUGGACAUAUCUUACUUCGGCGGAGUAUCAUAACAUCGAGGUUGAGUCUGGCUAUAACGUCUUCUGCGUGGAUAGUCUCCUCAUCAAUGGUCGAGGCUCAGUCUACUGUCCCGGAUACCAAUACCUUGAGGAAGUGAGCGACGACGGCCUUACUGCCGUCCUCGAAGGAACACAUCUGACCGAGAAAGGCUGCCUCCAACCGGACCUACAUAAUGUCCAAGGCGACUACGGCCCCUGGAACCUCUCUGCUGUUCCCACAGAAGUCGUCUUUAAUUGCACCCCGUCCAGUGUCGAGCCCCCGGUGAUCUACGUCGAUCCCGAAUUCAACGGUUGGGUCAGCCUUAAUUUCAUUGGCGGCGCUGCGCAAAAGGCCAUAACUUUUUCUGUCGACAAUCACCCAAUGUGGGUAUAUGAAGUUGACGGACAGUUUGUUGAACCGCGUGAAGUCGAAAUGGUUGGCGUAUACUCGGGAGCUCGGUACGCCGUCAUGAUCAAGCUAGACCAGACACCAGGCGACUACGCGAUUCGGAUUGCCGUCAAUGGCGGCGAUCAGGUUAUGAGCGUUUACGCCAUCCUCUCGUAUGUCAAUCAGGAUUGGAUCCACAGGGAGAAUGUGCCCAAGGCCGCUAUCGGACCGCAUACAGAUACAGUGGGCUACAUGAACUACGGCGGUGGCAACACAUCUGCAGAUGUACGCCAGCUUCUCUUCACAGAAAAUCUGCCGGCCUUUGGCGUCCCGCCUCCCCCACCUUCGAGCGAGGUCUCAACAACCCUACGUACCGGCAUGAUCCGCGUAAACAACUCCUACUCUUGGUCAUUGGGAAACAACGUGCUGUACGAGCCCGAAAUGACCUCCUCGACACCGCUCCUCUUCGAACCGGAUCCGCUAGCCGUCAUCGCACCAAAGUACGCCCUCACGACAGAAAACAACACCUGGGUCGACAUUGUCCUCGAAAUCACUGCCGACCCGCGCGACCUCAUCCACCCGCCACAUCCGAUCCAUAAGCACGGUAACAGAGCAUAUAUAAUUGGCAACGGGGUUGGCAAAUUCAGAUGGGAGAAUGUGAGUGCUGCAGAGGCAGAAGUACCGGAUUUGUUUUACGUCAACGAGACUGCGGCGUUGCGGGAUACAUUUGUCACGGAUUUUUUUGAUUCGCGGCUCAUGGAUGGGGCAUGGAUAGUUAUUCGGUAUUUUGUGCAGGACAAGUUCCCAAGUAUCUUGCAUUGUCAUAUUGCGUCCCAUCAAAUGGGAGGAAUGGCGCUGGCCUUGUUGGACGGGGUUGAUGUUUGGGAUUCUUAG